AUGAGCAUAGAUAAGAUUGGUGUAUUGGCGGCUAAGAAAAUUGUAUUGGGGCUGCAGGAAAAUCUAUACACGGCAGAUGCAGGAGGGGUCAGUCCAAUCCAAAAUGAAACCCCUCGCCCAAAACUCGAUGCAAGAAAUCCACGCGUCGACUCCGAAAAGCUCAGUCUGGACUGA